AUGCAAAACUCCAAGAAAGGAUUGCUUCCUUUUAGACAUGGAUUUCCUCUGUUUGAUGACCAAAGGACUAAGACUCUUGAAGAGGAAAAGACAAUGAGACAAGUUCCUUAUGCUUCAGCAGUGGGAAGUCUCAUGUAUGCCAUGCUAUGUACUAGGCCAGAUAUCUGUUAUUCAGUUGGCAUAGUUAGCCGAUAUCAACCAAAUCCAGGACCAAAACAUUGGGAGGCUGUAAAGCAUAUUCUCAAGUAUUUAAGGAGAAUGAGGGACUAUAUGCUAGUUUAUCGAUGUGAGGAUUUGAUACAUAUUGGUUACACAGAUUUUGAUUUUCAGUCAGAUCAUGAUUUCAGAAAGUCUACUUCAGGUUGUGUGUUCACCUUGGGAGGUGGAGCCAUAAGUUGGAGGAGUGUUAAGCAAUCUUAUAUUGCAACUCAAGCAUGGAAGCUGAAUAUGUUGCUACUUGUGAAGUAG